AUGGAUAAGGAUGGGAAUCUUUGUCAACGAGCCUCCGAUUCCAUUUCAGAGAGCCGCGAGACCAUUCUCUCUCCUAGGGUCAUGGGCGAAUUCCUCAGAGCAGUGGCAAUGUCGAGAGAAGCCCACGCAACACACAGUCCAUGUAAUGUUUCAAGGUACUCCACCUGA